CGUCAAAGCUCCCUCCCUCCCUCCUUGUUUUCCAGCUUCUUCUCCCUCCCUCCUGGGCGCUAUGCUGCCUCGUCCCUCUCAAUUGUCCGGCCGCCCAUCUGUUCUGAGCUGCUAGAGCUCCACUGACCUCCUAUCUCCCCGCCUCGGCUUUGUCUCGCUUCUUGCUCCCUCCGUCGCCGCUCAUCUCCCGUCACGAACCACUGGGGAUCAUGUCGACUGGGGCUCCCGUGUCCAUGGUGGAUACGAUUCCUCAGGUACAUGGUCUCGGACAUAGUCGUGGUCACGGUCAUUCACGCUCAUCUCGCUGGUCACAAGGGCCCAUCUCCCUCUCAGCCUCCCCUUUGAAUGCUGCCUCGCCGCAACAACAGCCCCCACAGCCUCUACCGAAUCCACCCCCUACCAAUGGUCAUCCAGUCAACCCAACGGGGCACGAACACCAUCACUCCCAUUCUCAUUCCCACUCCCAUUCACACUCACACUCGCAUUCGCAUUCGCACUCGCACUCGUCAUCCCAUAAUGUAUGGGAGCAACACACCCACCAUGGGAGUUUCGACUCGAUCAAUCACAGCAAGAAUGAUAGCGUGACGGGGAUUAUUGGAGCUCAGUCACUCAGAAACUCAAUUGAGCUCCAAUCAAGCACCAUUCAAGAAGUUCUCUCUGGCCUCCUCCUCGCCCUACCGUGGAUCGCCCUAUCCUGGUACCACCAACAACACGCACAUUGGCAGACGGCGACAUCGGUAAAAGAUGAUACAAAAACGCCUACGUCUGAAAGCGGAGGAUUUGAGCAAAUCGCCAGCAAGACCUCCAUUUUGACCGCCGUUACGUUGAUUCUAUAUGGUUGUGGACAGCUGGUUCGAGGAGGGAGUGGCUCGGGGCUUGCACUACCCAGAAUAGACUCUGGCGCCGCGAGUGCCGUCUUUCUGCGUGCAUCCUCCAUUGCGUUACCGAUAUACGCGGCAUUGAAAGUGGGGGGGUUCCUUAUCGCAUGCACCUUGCUGCUUGCCAUGGGGUCUGGAAUGCCGACCGUUGUCCAGGGCUAUGGCCUCCACAGCAGUGCACAAUCCCGCUUGAGUCAAAAGAAAGUAACGGCCAUGCUUCUCGCCACCAUUGUGCUUUUGAGCCUUUGGGGUAUGAAUGCGACGCGAGACCGUCACCCAAUCUUGGGUUACGCCUCCCUGCUCGUCACUGUUUUCGUUCUCCGGCCUCCCUUUUCAGGUGUACACUCGAAGUCUGUUGAUCUGGAUAUCUCCAAUGGAUCAGUUUCGCAUAAAUAUUCAAAGCAGGGCUUCGAUAAAGAUGCAUCUAGUGAAUCUGUUUUGGUUAUUCUUUCAGGAAUCGUUCUGGCUCUUGUUACAGUCAUUGUGUCUGGCAAUGUGUCUUUCGAAGCCUCCGACUUGAUGUACCAGCUGGCAGCUGCUGGAACAUUUGCAGCCUGUCUGGUAUUCCUCGCCCCCUUUCAUCUACGCUCACCGCACAAGAUUGGCUUAGCCAUUGGAACUGCAGGUGCUGCGCUGGUGUGCUCACCACCACUACAAGAGAAGGUUCACCUGGCUUAUGUUUCUCGGGCCAUUGCAACUGCCGCCUCGUUUCUUGCUGCCAGAUUCGAUGAUCGGCAAUUGCGCCUUUCAGCACACUCUCAUACCCAUCAUCAUCAUAACACUCACUCUGGGGUGGAAGCAUCGGCAAUAACGAAGCUUAUCCUCCGCUAUAGCGAGCCAUAUCCCCUUCUGUAUAGUAUUCUGAAGGAAAGCGAUUCACGACGCAUCUUCUACUUUAUGAGUCUAAAUUUUGGCUUCAUGCUCGUGCAGCUAUCAUAUGGAUUCUUGACAGGGUCUCUGGGUCUGCUUAGUGACAGUAUCCAUAUGUUCUUCGACUGCCUGGCGCUCGUGGUUGGUCUGAGUGCUGCUGUCAUGAGUAAAUGGCCACCGAGCUCUAGGUUUCCAUACGGAUACGGCAAAGUGGACACGCUUUCCGGGUUUGCCAACGGCAUCUUUCUCAUGAUCAUCAGCAUCGAAAUCAUCUACGAAGCGGUUGAGCGACUCUCCUCUGGCAGUGAGAUGCACCGCCUUGGCGAACUGCUGGCUGUCAGUUUUGCUGGUCUCCUCGUCAACCUUGUCGGAAUCAUGGCUUUCGACCAUGGACACGCCCACGGACACGAUCACAGUCACGGGCAUUCGCACGGGAACGAGAACAUGCACGGUAUUUUCCUACACAUUCUCGCCGACACGCUUGGCUCUGUGGCUGUUGUGAUCUCGACCAUCCUCGUGCACUACUCUGGCUGGCCAGGGUUUGAUCCCAUCGCGUCCUGUCUGAUUGCAAUCUUGAUUUUUGCCUCGGCAAUCCCGCUUGUCAGCAGCACUGCCAAGACGCUGUUGCUUGCGCUGCCAGCUGAUAUUGAAUACAAUGUCCGCGAAACCCUUGCUGGCGUCAGUACCUUACGGGGCGUUGUCGGGUACACCGUUCCGAAGUUCUGGCUGGAUGAUACGGGGAAAGACUCUGGCCAUCACCACGAUCAUGGCCAUGAUUAUGGCUGCGAUGGUCACGAUCAUAGCCACAGCCACAACCACAGCCAUAAUCAUAGCCACGAUCACGAUCACGAUCACGACCAUGACCACGGCCAUAACCAUAGCCAUACACACAGUCACGACCAUCACCACAGCCACCAUGAUCACGAUCACCAUGACACGCACACCCCCAAUGUCCUCGGCGUAAUCCACGUUAUCGCCUCCCGCAGCUCCGAUCUCGAAGACGUCCGCCAACGCACUGUGGAAUACCUCCGCGAAAAAGGCAUGGACAUUCUCGUCCAAGUCGAGCGCGAAGGAGACGGCCGUUGCUGGUGCGGCGGCGGCGGCAACAAGAAUCCUUAAUCUAAUCUACCCUUUCUUUACACGAACACGAAAAACUUUGGUUAAGUAGGUAGAUAGAUCCGACCACCUACCGGGGUCUUUUUUCUUCCCUUUUCGUUUUCUUUUCCCCGUUCUGGUCUUUACCCCCUUUAUUGAUUACCUAGGGUACUUGUGGGAUUCCUCCUUCUUCUCUAUACAUAUGUCUAAGUACGCUGAUUCCUCUUCCGGGAUGGGUUAUGGUUAUGUACAUGUAGAGAAAGCAAUGCAAAUACUACAGCUG